AUGCCGCCCCGACUGACUACUACUCACCACCAUCAGCGAAACCGACUCACAGAGAAAGCGGACCAAUUGGACGAGCAUGAGGGCACACUGAUUCGAGAUUGUGCACGUCAGCUGACCACCGCGAAACGAGACAUCAGUACAUUGUUGGAUGCACUGGCCAAAAAAUCGGAUGCGUUUGUGAACCAGCAAUCGGAGGUGACUCGACUGUUAACUCGUGGAUUGGAUUUGGAGAACCGUGUCAAACAGUUGGCCGCAGAAAAUGAGAUGCUUGUCAAUCGAUUACAAGAGUCCCAAUCCGCACAGCAACGACUGACCACCGAAUUAGGUCAAAUGCGUGACAAAUACGAUGAGUGUCUGUCCCUGUUCAACGAGGCCCGAGUAAGUGGUUCUCACGUCCCCGUCUCGGGGCGAAGUGAAUCCCGCUGUCUACUUGUUCCAUCUGCUCCGACACCGAAAUGCGCUGCCCGAAGACAACAACAACGCGAAAGUACGACGUGGAUGAUUGUAGGAAAAUUGAAACAAAAAUACCCACAAAACUCUUCGUCUUUUGUUUUGAUCAAUCGUGGCCUGCUCAUGUGCUCGUUUGUUGUCACCUGCUCCCGUUCCUCGCAACCGAAUAAGUGCUGA